CACUCACACAACCCCCCAAAUAACAAACACAGAAAUAAAGAUCAACAACAAUCGCUUUGAAAAACUGAAACAGAAUAAGGGAGUCUUGUGUUGAAUUGUGUAAGUGAAAGUAGAGAGAGGAACUCCGAAGACCCAGACCAAACACAACCAUAAAACUAGUUUGUGUUGUGCUGUGUUGUGUUUGUGUAAAUUGAAGGAACAAAUAGAAACACACACAGACACUGACACAGGGUACACAACCAAACAGUCCUGUCCGAUUCGAUCGGGUUUCUCAUUGUACAUACAUUCGGAAUUCUCUUCUCCGGUUAUCUCUCUGUUCGGUCCGGUUCGCACCCAGUGCAGCUUAUGGAGCGGUACGGUCGGGUCAGUGAAGGUUCACAGUUCGAUCCGUCACCUGAAUGGACCGCUCCGGGAGCCGAAACCAGACCCGAAGAGUCCAUGUGGCAACUGUACCCGGAGCGGCCUGACGAGGCUGAUUGCAGUUACUACUUGAUGACCGGGUUUUGCGGGUAUGGGUCGAGCUGUCGGUUCAAUCAUCCACGUGACCGGGGCGGGGUUAUGGGAGCUGCAAGAGCUGGUGCGGGAGAGUAUCCAGAGCGAGCGGGCCAGCCCUUGUGUAAGUACUACAUGAGGACUGGGACUUGUAAAUUUGGUUCAUCGUGUAAAUAUGACCAUCCUAGACAGGGAGCUGGUUCUGUUACUCAUGUGACGCUAAAUUAUUAUGGUUACCCAUUACGUCCGGGUGAAAAAGAGUGUUCCUACUAUUUGAAAACUGGGCAGUGUAAGUUUGGUCCAACAUGUAAAUUCCAUCAUCCACAGCCAGCUGGCAUUCAAGUUCCAGCACCUCAAGUUACACCUAUGCCUGCUCCAGUGCCUGCACCCACAAUAUAUCCAAUUGUGCAACUGCCAUCUGUUCCUUCAGCUCAACAGUAUGGGUUUGUAGUUCCAAGGCCUCCUCUGUUGCCAAACUCGUAUGUGCAAGGCCCUCAUGGUCUGAUGCUGGUUUCCCCAGGCAUGUUUCCCUAUCAAAGUUGGAGUCCUUACUCGACACCUGUGAACCAACUUGCCUCUCCUGGCACUCAACCUGCUGCUGGAUCAAGUUCAAUUUAUGGGAUGACAACACUCUCCGCUUCAGCACCUGCCUAUACUGGAUCUUAUCAAACAAUGCCUUCUACAGUUGGUCCUUCGAGCGGUAGCCAGGAGCAUGCAUUUCCAGAGAGACCUGGCCAGCCAGAAUGUCAACAUUACCUGAAAACUGGGGAGUGUAAAUUUGGAUCCUCAUGUAAAUAUCAUCAUCCUCAAGAAAUGACUGUAUCAAAAACUGAUGCCAACCGUCUUCCAUUACGUCCAGGUGCCUCUCCAUGUACUCAUUACACACAACGUGGAGUAUGCAAAUAUGGCCGUGCAUGCAAAUUUGAUCAUCCAGUGAGGAUGCUAAACUACAGUCCAUCUGCAUCUUCUCUAGCUGAUAUGCCAGUCGCACCCUACCCUGUUGGCUCUUCAAUUGGUGUACUAGCCCCAUCAUCCUCAUCUUCGGAUUUGCGACCAGAACUUGUUUCAGGAUCCAGCAAGGAGCCUGUUUCAACAAGAAUGUCUUCAACAAUUAGCUCAACUAGCGGAUCAGUGGGUUCAAUAUUUUCAAAAAGUGGACCCAUUCCUCAUUCAAGCACACAACAAUCUGGGCAGAGUUCUGGUUCUUCAACAUCUGGCAUCAGUAGCAGCACUGAGACUCGCACAUCAAAUUAAGCAAGAAGAAAAACUCUUCUUCAUUCCUCUUUUUGAAAUUCAUGAACCAAAUCUUAUUUUUUCUGCAAGUCAUCAAAAUAGGAGGCUUCAUUCUUCUGUUACGGUUUCUCAACUCAGGUCUAGCCCUCAUCAGCUCUGAUCAUCUCUGUGUUCAUAUAUCUUUAAUAUGGCCAUCCUUUUUUUAUUUUGAAUAAGACGUGGCCAAACCUAAGGACUUCAGCAAAACUCAUAUAGCCUUUACACCUUGCUUUUGAAUAACCACGAAAGAAUCUUCGGAUCCAUUAGGGAGAUCUGUGUUCACCCCUCAAACUUUUGGAGCUGUGUUUAUUUAUGCUCCAACCUUUUUCGGAACAUAAAAUAUCCAACCCACAGCAUCCGUCCCUUACAUCAGUGUGUUCAUGCCAUCCUUUUAUAGAUUUCUUAAGUUCGGGAACAAGCUUUCCAUUCAGCAUAAAAGGAGUUUGAAGGUAUUCAUGUUCCCCCACUUUUUAUCUGGGGUUUAUUGUGAAAGGAAAGGAAAAAAAAAAAAAAAAAAUAGAGAGAGAGAAUUGAAGAGACUUAAAAGGAAGCAUCACCAUGCUACCUUAUAUGGGACUUAGAUACAUAGUUGUUGUGACAAUUGAAAUGCAAGACAUAUGGCUACUGAUAAAUUUAUUAUCUUAUACAAAUAUAUGGAAAAUCACUCUUGACUCUCUAA